GGCGGGGCGGGCCCAGACCGUCAGCGAGAGGAAGAGGCCAGAACGGCAGGGUGAGGCGCUGAGACGGUUUAACGGCGAGUCAGGCUCUCGGGUGCACCACAGAAUCCCGAACGUGGGUGUCGUCGGAGCCCAGCGAGCGAGCGAGCGUUGGGGCUCCGGAGCAGCGGUUGCUGUCGCCGCGGACGCCGCCGUUGCCGACCCGGAGGACGCGGCCCUGAGAGGCCUUGCAGGCCUAGCGCGGCCCGCGGAGCCCGACGAGUGUGCCGUGAGUAAAACCAGCGCCCUCUGCACAGUCGCUUAACCGAUUAAGAUGGAGGAGAUUUCGUUGGCCAACCUGGAUACUAACAAGCUGGAGGCCAUCGCCCAGGAGAUCUAUGUAGACCUGAUAGAGGAUUCCUGCCUGGGAUUCUGCUUUGAGGUGCACCGGGCAGUCAAAUGUGGCUACUUCUACCUGGAGUUUGCAGACACUGGUAGCGUGAAGGAUUUUGGCAUUCAGCCAGUGGAAGACAAAGGAGCAUGCCGCCUCCCGCUUUGCUCCCUUCCUGGAGAACCUGGGAAUGGGCCCCAGACGGAGCUGCAGCGUUCACCUCCAGAAUUCCAGUAGUCACGACAUGAGAGAGGGCGACAGUGACCAGGACAAUGAUAUAGACUGGUCCCGUGGCUUGGAGGAAUAAGCUAAGUUGGAGAGAAAAUAAAUAAAUAAAUAAAAAGCAAACAAAAGUCCCAUUUCCCCUUGAAGAUCUUAGCAUUAAAAUACAAAAAACAAGAAGACAAAAAACAACAACAAACCCAAAGAGGAGAAUUUAGGAAUCCGGGUCCAUUUGAAAGGGUAUCCAGUGCCAGCCCUGAAAUCCUGCACAGGAGAAGGUCCAGAGGUGGCAUACUGUAUUUUGAGCUCUAUAAAUACACGUGGAUGUACAAGAUCCCUGAACUGCCCAUAGCACACAGGCGAGCAGCUGUGUACCCAGCCUAUAAAAUUCUUUUGUUUCUCAGAUUUUGCAUCUGCUUGAUGUCAAGGGCUUCCUGCGAAGUUUGGAUGCUGUUGAUGGUCAGGCCGUGAUCAGUCAGCUUCAGUGGACUGCUCCUCUGAUUUCUAAGCCUCCAAUUGGGCCUCUUUGAUACAAAUAGAAGUCAGGUAUGAGACUUAAAUACUAAAAAUAUUAAUUCUCUUUUGAAUUUGGUGGGAAGCCCUUGUGCCCUUGUCUACAAGAAGUUCAGAAUCACCUGUUUUCCAAAGGUCCAGCAUUUUGUGGGGACAAGGCCUCGCCUUUGACUCAUCAAAAGACCUGUCUUUCCAUUCCGCUGAGUGGCAAAGGUUUGGCAAAGGACAAGGUGGUUUACAAUCAGCUGAAGAUUUUGUUUUGAUGCUGUGAGGAUGAAGUAUACCUCCACGAUUGCAUAUCAUCUCCACCUGGAAGACUCGUGUCUUGAAUUAUAUACUGUGGACAUAAGUUUGGUGGGACAGUCCUUUCCUACUUUUGAGUUACUGGUGAUGUAACCAGUCCAUGGGUCUGACUUGAACAUUAUGACAGGUCACUGUUCUCCAGUGGUACCACUGAACUACAGAAGGACAUCAUGGCCAAGCAGGAAGCUGUUUGAAAAUUGAGCCAGGAGGGAACUUUUUCCAUCUGCCUUCAAUAAUGUGAAUGAGUUUAGUGCUAAGAGCCCUGAAACAGGCCUGGUUUACCUGGUAUGGUUGCAGAUUCCCUUCUUCAAUUGGGCUGUCAGACCUCUGCUAUGGUGAAUAAGACUGUCUCCACCUUCUCUGCCCUCACAAAUGACAGUUGGUCACUUGGUCCUCAGGACCUCCUUACAGCAGGGGCUGUUUUUUUCUUGUUGGAAGUUGGAAGGUUGGGAAUUUCCUGACUUUGGAGGCAGGGUUAGAUGUAAACAGGAAGUGAGUGGCAUAUCAAAACUGUUCUGUUUUAGUCCCUAAAUGGGGGUUUAUGGAGGGUGGGAGUCGUGAGGUGAGCAGAAAAGAAAGGUGCUGCUUUAUUUGAAAUGUUUUCUUACCUCAUUCUGUGCCCCAGUAAAGGGUCCAGCCUCAUCUGUCUGGCUUGGCCCUGUUCCUGUCACUGCUCCACUGCCUAUCUGGUGCAGCUCAUGAUCCCAGGUGCUGCUUGCCACUCUAGGUUUUAUCUUGACCAGUUUCAGCUCAUCUUCCAGUGCUCCUGCUCUGAAGCCUACACAAGUUUCCUUUUUCCUUUUGUUUUGUUGUCAUUUUCUAACUUUUUAAGUUCUUAUGUUGGUUUUGUUUUACCUGUUUUUAUGGAAGCCUUUGGGGAGAAUCUCUCAUGGCUCCCUCUAUUUGGAUUGGAAUAACAACAAAAAAAAAUUUCUUUUUUAAAUUUACAAGGCAGUGUCAUGUCUAAAUGUUUCUCUUAUACAAGCCUGCCUUGCUGGUAUAUCUCCCUGCCUUGUCAUAAGUUCUUUCUUCCCAUCGAUACUUGGAUACUGCCUCUUAGGACUUACUGCAGAACCGUGAAUGCUAGCAUACACAAGGAAGGAGUUGAUUCUGCUCCACUUUUCUAUCCCUAUUGUGUAUGUAUCUUCCUUCUCCCAGGAGCUAUUUGAACUGUGUGAACUAAUUUGGAUUACUGUACUCAAGAGUUAAGGAAACUAUAGUGCUUGGGCCUUUAGACUAUCUGUUAUUGCCUUCUCAGAGUUUUACAGCUCAGGGUUAGGGCCUAGUUAAGUUUGGAUCAUUAGUCCAAGAAUUGAGAGAACUUGAAUAACACCUUGGCAGAAGCUAAAAACGCUUUUAGAAGAUAACUUGCUACAUGAGUUCUUUAAAAACAUUCAAUGAGUUCUGGGAAAAAAGCAGUCUGAGAUUCCUGCUUAUGUAAAAUACUUGGGAAACAUGAAAGGGAGAGAGGCCAUGGCCCACUCACUCUUGCCUUCAGAUAGGGAACUCAAAUGUGACUUUAGUUUUCUUGCCUUUUCUGGUUAGAACAUAAAGAUGUGGGUGGUAGUUUGGGAUAAUGGUUUGCUCAUAUUACUUCCCUCUUUUGUUAUUGUUUUUUAAUUUCUGUCUCCAACAUUUCCAUUAGGGCCAUAGCUCCCCACUCUGUGUAGAUUAAAAGGUGGGUUCAGUCCAGCAAUUAUUGCCCUGAGGGAACAAACUACUUUUUUGGGAGCAAAUGUUCUCCACCAUAUAGUUGACAGUGGUUAGGAACUCUCCCCUUCCCCUACCUUUCCUGUAUCAACAGAAUUCUAUCCUUCCUCUUCUAUUAAUUGUAUUGACCACCCUGUAAUCCUAUUAUGUAUCUGAGUGUAUGUAUAUGGGGGAAAGGGGGUUCUUUAAAUUUUCUGUGGUUUGUGGUUUUUUUUCUUCAGUAAAUUAGUUGCCACCACCGCAUGCCCAGGAGCCACUACCUGGCAUUAUCGCAUGCUGGGAUCAUUGGGGGAGGGUAGUGUGAAAUUCACCACUGUCCUUUGUUUUGGAGAUUCUUAUUUUUUAAUAAGUAAUCCAGUCCUAUACAAAUAGCUAAUUAACUCUUGUGUUCCCCCUGCCCAUAUGGCUGCUGGUGUAAAUAAAUUGCAUUUUCCCAUUGCUAAACAAUAAUAAAAUUAAAAAAAAAUA